GUCUAGGCAGGUACGGAUGCGCAAAUAGUUAGUAUAUUCUGCACGAGCUUUACCUGGGCUGACUGGAACCCAUCCCUGGUCAAACUGUCCGACGCCAUGAACCCCGGCAACGCCACAGCAGACAACUUCGACCUCUCACCCUUCUACAACCGCGGCUCGAAACUCAUCCACUACCACGGCCUCGCGAACCCGUCCAUUGCCACCGGCAGCAGCGUCGACUUCUACAAGCAGGUUCAACGGACUUUGCAAAGCAAGGGCAUUGAUCUGGAUGACCUCUACAAGUUCUACUUAAUCCCGGGAAUGGAGCAUUGUGGAAGCAUGCCGUCGAAUAUGGAGGCACCGUGGUAUAUUUGUGGUUCGUCGCAGGCGUCGAGUAUUGGAAGUGAAAGGUUGGCGAAUCAUUUUCAUGAUGGGAAGGGGUUUGAUGAUGGGAAGCAUGAUGCGUUGUUGGCUAUGAUUGGAUGUGUGGAGAACGGUACGGUGCCGGAUUAUUUGGUUGCUACUAAGUUUCAUGAUGAGGAUGAGUUGGAUUGUGUUGUUAAGUAGAGGCCGAUUUGUCUGUGGCCGAAGCAGGCUAUGUAUAUCGGGAAUGGGAGUUUGUGGGAGGCGAAUAGCUGGGAGUGUGAGGGGUUAUAUUAGAGGUAGGCUUGGGGGGGUUGUAUACCUAGCUAUGCCUUGGUUGAUUGAGG